AUAAAUGUCGGCUGUAUCUCAGAGAUCAGGAUGGCGGAGCUGGAGGGUCUGGAGUUUGGGAAGUCAGACUUUGUGCUCUUGGAUGAGGUGACGAUGGAGCAGUUUAUGGAGAAUCUAAAGUUGAGGUUUGAGAAGGGACGAAUAUACACCUUCAUUGGAGAAGUAGUCGUAUCUGUAAACCCGUACAGACAGAUGGACAUUUAUGGCAAAGACAACAUUGAGGCAUACCGGGGCCGAGAGCUUUAUGAAAACCCUCCUCACCUGUAUGCUGUGUCUGAUGCUGCAUAUAAAGCCAUGAAAAGACGAGCCAAGGAUACCUGCAUUGUCAUAUCAGGAGAAAGUGGGGCAGGAAAAACAGAAGCAAGUAAAUACAUCAUGCAGUACAUCGCAGCUAUCACAAACCCAACCCAGAGGGCAGAGGUUGAGAGUGUGAAGAAUGUGCUGCUCAUGUCCAACUGUGUACUGGAGGCCUUUGGGAACGCCAAGACAAAUCGCAACGACAACUCCAGCCGCUUCGGCAAGUACAUGGACAUCAACUUCAACUUCAACGGCGAUCCCACUGGAGGGCACAUCAACAACUACCUGCUGGAGAAGUCCAGGGUGGUCCAGCAGCAAGACGGGGAGAGGAACUUCCACUCAUUUUACCAGUUACUACGUGGAGGCUCAGAUGAGUUGCUUCAGUCGUUUCAUCUAGAGAACGAUCCUGCUGUUUACACAUACACCAGAGAGGGAGCAGCAACCACUACCUCCAACAAUGAUCGUGCGAGCCACAAAGCUGUGAUGAGCGCUCUGAGUGUGAUCGGCUUCUCAAAAGAGGAGAUUAACUCCAUCUAUCAGAUCCUGGCCUCCAUUCUUCUGCUGGGUAAUAUGCAGUUUGAGAGUGACGGAGAGAACGUUCAGAUCCUGGGGCUUGAAGCUGUUGAUCACAUAGCUGAGCUGGCAGACACAGACUCGGAGAGCGUUGGAAAGAGCCUGCUGUACCGCACCGUGGCCACCGGGGGCGGCGAGGUCAUCGAGAAGGGGCACACGGAGCAGGAGGCGUGCUUUGGACGGGACGCUUUCGCCAAGGCUCUAUACGAGAGACUCUUCGGCUGGAUUGUAAGCCGCAUCAACAGCGUCAUAGAAGUUAAAGACUACAACCCGAUGCUUCAUGGGAAAAACACAGUCAUUGGUGUGCUGGACAUCUACGGCUUUGAGAUCUUUGACAACAACAGCUUUGAGCAGUUCUGCAUCAACUACUGCAACGAGAAGCUGCAGCAGCUAUUCAUCGAACUCAUCCUCAGACAGGAGCAAGGCGAAUACCAGAGGGAGGGCAUCACCUGGCAACAUAUCGAUUACUUCAACAACCAGAUCAUCGUGGAUCUCGUGGAGCAGCCGCACAAAGGAAUCAUCUCCAUCCUGGAUGAGGCUUGUCUCACUGUGGGUAAAGUCACAGACAAGGUCUGCCUGGACAGCAUGGACACCAAACUGGCCCAACACCCCCACUACACUUCUCGCAAGCUCAGCCCCACAGACAAAACCAUGGACUUCCAGAAACAAUUCAGAAUUCGCCACUAUGCAGGAGAUGUAACAUAUUCCGUCGAGGGAUUUUUGGACAAAAACAAGGACAUGCUUUUCCAAGAUUUCAAGCGUCUCAUGUACAACAGUGCCAACCCAGUCCUGAAGGAGAUGUGGCCAGAUGGUCAGCUGAGCAUCACCGAGGUCACCAAGCGGCCUCAGACUGCAGCCACGCUCUUUAAGAACUCCAUUGUGGCCCUGGUGGAUAAACUGGCCUGCAAGGAGCCGUACUAUGUGCGAUGCAUAAAACCUAACGAGAUGAAAUCUCCCGUGCUGUUCGACGACGCUCGCUGCCAGCACCAGGUGGCUUACCUGGGCCUGCUGGAGAAUGUGAUGGUGCGCAGGGCAGGGUUCGCCUACAGGCAGCCCUACAAUCGCUUCCUGCAGCGGUAUAAGAUGACUUGUGAGUACACCUGGCCGAACCACCUGAUGGCCACGGACAGAGAGGCCGUGGAGGCCAUCGUCACUCAGCACGGCUUCCAAGACGACGUGGCGUACGGACACACCAAGCUGUUUGUCCGAACGCCGCGCUCUCUAUACAGUCUGGAACAGGAGAGAGCCGCUCUCAUCCCCAUCCUGGUGCUUUUCCUGCAGAAGGUGUGGCGUGGGGCUUUAGCUCGCAUGAGGUGCCAAAGGAUGAGGGCCAUAUAUGCCAUCAUGGGCUGCUACAAGCGCUACAAGGUGAAAUCCCACUUCUGGGAAGUGGAGCGGAGAUUUGCUAAUGUGCGAAACAUGACCGACUACGGCAAGAGCGUGGAAUGGCCGACCCCGCCUGCAGCGCUGUCCCAGUUUCAUAACAUCACAGUCAUGCUGCAUCGCAGGUGGUGGGCGAGGCAGAUCGUGAAGAACAUCCCUCCGUCUGACAUGCUGGAGGUUCAUGCCAAAGUGGCGGCUCUAACUGCUCUGAGCGGAGAGAGGAAAGACUGGGGAGUCACCCGAGCCUGGGAGAGGGACUACCUCGCUAACGUGCGAGACUGCCCUGAGACCAGCUCCGGCUUCACCCGUGUUUCCAAGGAGCUGAGGAACAAAGACGAGUUCUCUCAAGUCCUCUUCUCUGGCUUCUGUAGAAAGGUGAAUAGAUUCAACAAAAGCACAGACCGAGGCCUGCUCGUCACAGACAAGUACGUCUACAAAUUAGAGCCAAAGAAACAGAACAAGGUUUUGAAGAGGCUUCCUUUGGACGCGUUCACAGGAAUGAGUGUAACCAGCGGGGUUGAUCAAAUGGUGGCGCUACACACGUCCACCCAGGAUGACGUCCUGCUCUGUUUGCAGCGAGGCCAGCUGAGCCCCAACCAGGACAGAGUGGGCGAGCUGGUGGGAUCAAUCGUGGACCACUUUGCACGGAUAAGAAAGGUCCCGUUUCCUGUGAAGGUUUCCCGAUCCGUUCAGCUCCACAUGCGAGGAAAACCAAAGAGCGUCACGGUGGAAACCAAACCCGGCCAGGCCAACGCGGAUUUCAAGAAGGCUCGAGAUGGUUUCGUCCUGCUGGUUCCUGCUAAUUAACAACAAAGGUGUUUGAGAUGUGAUGACACCUGAAGGGAGGAAAUUGCCAGUGAGCUUCUUUUUCACAAGAGAAUCAAGGAUGUAGAUCUUUAAUGACAGACGAUGCUUUGAUGUCCAGCUGAAUGCUAGCAGGGAGGGUUUUCAUAUUUUGUCUCAAGGGUUUUGAAGUGUUAAGAAAGCAGAGUUGCUGGCGAAGUCUGCUUUGAUCAUCCUGAACUAUUUGCACUGGACAAUUACUAAACUUCUGAAUAUUUUUGUUUUUUAACAUGCUUGGUGUUCUCUGUCAAUUUGCUAAUGCGGCAAAUCACUUUAAAGAUGUUUUUGAAAGAUGGAAUGAGCAAAAUAAUAAAUGUUUGCACUUUUUUUAAGACAAAUUGUUCACCACAAUGCAUACAGAAAUGCAGAUAAAACAUGCCGGAUAUAUUUUUAUACACUGAGUUAUUGUUUGUGCCUUGUCUCAUGCUGUUGUUUCUAAAAAAGAAAGACUGGAAGUUAUUCCAUGUCAGAAGAAGAAGUGGAAAAAGAGAGGAGACAGAAGAAAUAAAUUAUUCCAGAUUUACUGAA